UCUACUAUGAAUACAGCGCCUUACAUAGUGCGCCAGCUCGAGCCCAUUUUCCAUGAGAAUUGACCUACUGAUGGAAGACACUCCAGACACGACAUGUUCUUCACAGAUUCUUGAGUCCAACGAGAUGAUUAUGAGAGAGAUUUAAGACUUCAAAGUGACGUGAAAUAUGCAAGUUGUUUCUGCAUCCCUCUACCAAUUUUGCUAAAAUGAGAAAUCCAAUGAUUCAAGUACAAAUAACUGGCCUGUGCAGUCAUGCUGGUAUACAACCUUCCAAGAGAUUAAUUAUGAGAUAAGUUCAACGUAUCGAGUGCAACGAGAUCUCCAAUAAUAUUGUUUGGAACAUGACUUCAAAUCUGUUCCUUGAAACAUUGAUGAUUAUAUUUUAGUUGUAGUCAAAACUCAGAACAAAUUCAAGAAUCAUAAAAUACUCGUGCUCUCAUCAAUUAUCAUUUAUCUUCAUGGCGGGUAAAUUCCCACUAAAUCAAUAUAGAUACAUUAAGUAAGAAUCCGUGGGAUUACACAGGGUAUGUUGUGGUAAUCUAAUUUCUGUAUAUCGUUUUUUUUUUGUUGUUGUUGUUAUAAUAUUCAAGGAAACAUAUAUAUUAUUUCUAAAUUAGCCCACUUGCAAAUUAUUUUUUCAAUCAUAAAUAUUUAUGCUUGCCACUAAUUACACUAAACUAAUAUUUAUUUAGACUUUGCUAUAUCAUCUUAGUGGCUAACCAUGAAAGCAUUACAUUAAUUAAUCUCAAGAAGUAUGUUACUUUGCUACUAUAAAAACUAAACAUCCCAACAAACCUAUGCAACACAAGUCUUAGUUUUCAUCUUUUUUCUCCAAAAAUCAAAAUGAGAAGCUUUGGAAAUUUGGGGCAAUGGUCUCUAAUUGCAUUUGCUUUGGUAAUUUGCUUUGUAGCUAGCACUGUUGUUGCUGAUUACUCUUAUGACUAUACUUCUCAUUCACCCUCUCCAUACUACAAGAAACCGGAAAAACACGUUGAACAUUCUCCAUCGCAUUAUUAUUACAAGUCACAUGCUCCUUCAAAACACUACUACAAGACACCUGUUGUUACGAAGUAUUACAAAUCACAUGCUCCUUCAAAACACUACUACAAGACACCUAUUGUUGCGAAGUAUUACAAGUCGCAUGCUCCGUCAAAGAACUACUACAAGACACCUGUUGUUACGAAGUAUUACAAGUCACAUGCUCCUUCAAAGCACUACUACAGGGCACCUGUUGUAGUGAAGUAUUACAAAUCACCUGCUCCUUCGAAACAAUACUACAAGGCACCGGUGGUAGUGAAGUAUUAUAAGUCACCUGCCUCUUCAAAGAAGUACUAUAAGGCGCCAACUCCCUCAAAGUACUACUACAAGUCACCAUCACCUGCAAAGUACUACAAGUCGCCUGCUCCAUCAAAGCACUAUUACUACAAGUCCCCAUCCCCUUCAGAAUAUUACAAAUCACCCGCUCCUUCUAAAUACUAUAAAUCACCAGCACCACAAAAGCAUUAUUAUUACAAGUCGCAUGCUCCUUCAAAACACUACUAUAAGGCACCUGUUGUUGCAAAGUAUUACAAGUCACAUGCUCCUUCAAGGAACUAUUACAAGGCACCUGUUGUUACGAAGUAUUACAAGUCACAUGCUCCUUCAAAGCACUACUACAAGGCACCUGUUGUAGUGAAGUAUUACAAAUCACCUGCUCCUUCGAAGCAAUACUACAAAGCGUCGGUGGUAGUGAAGUAUUACAAGUCACCUGCCCCUUCAAAGAAGUACUAUAAGGCGCCAACUCUCUCAAAGUACUACUACAAGUCACCGUCACCUGCAAAGUACUACAAAUCUCCAUCACCAACAAAGUACUACAAGUCGCCUACUCCAUCAAAAUAUUAUAAAUCACCAUCACCAGCAAAAUAUUACAAGUCGCCAGUUUACUACAAGUCUCCUCCACAACCACCACCAACUUAUUAUGAGAAAUCGCCUUCUUACUACAACUCUCCUCCCCCUCCACCAUACUACAAAGAAUCUACCCCUUCCUAUAAAUCCCCUCCCCCUCCAUCAUACUAUGAAAAAUCUACACCUUCCUUUAAAUCUCCUCUGCCUCCACCGUACUAUGAAGAGUCUACCCCUUCCUAUAAAUCCCCUCCCCCUCCACCAUACUACGAAGAAUCUACACCAUCAUACAAAUCGCCUCCUCCUCCACCAAAGUCCUAUGAACAAUCACCAUCAUACUACUCACCACCACCACCACCAAUAGUCUACUAGAAAAUAUUGAUCAAACCAUUCAUCUCAACCAUUUCACCAUUUCUUUUACUCUUAAGUCAUUUUCUUCCUCCUAAUUGGAGCAAUUCCAUUUCAACUUCUAAAUUUUUAUGUGUGUUUCCUAA